UCCACCGGAACAUUUCCUUGGAAGUGUCUGUCCGCGGUCAGCAAUUCCAAUGAGAAAAAUUGCAAAUAAUUGGGGCAAAAAAAAAUUCCACCACUUAAAAAAAUAGAAAAAUCCACAACCUAAAUAAAUUAUUUUUUUAUCAAAAAUUAAAAAAACAAACAAACAGAGAUUCCGUUUCUUAUCCGACACAGAGAAGUGGAUUGAAGUGAAGAAAGAAACAACCACCGAAAAUGUCGGCAGCGCUUCCUCCACCAGCUUCAUCUCUCAAACUAACGGCGACAACCUCAUUCCCAACCUCACGCGCACUCUUCCUCGCUUUACGCAAACCCCAAAUUUCAAUUAUCCCACGUGCCACUCCUGACUCCGACGCUGACUCAUCAACGGAACCCAACUCCUCGCCCUCCUCGGAGACCUCAGCCGACUCCGACCCAUUCGAAUCCCGUCUCUCCCAAGUCCGCCUCCGUUACCGAAUCGGAGCCGGCAAGAAAGCGGAGCGCCGAAAAUCAAAGAAAUCCGGAUCCGUAUCCACUUCGUCGUCUUCCUCCUCCAUCUACCUCCCUCCGGUGCCGUUAAAAGAGGCGAUUUCAAAUGGGUUGAAAGUGGAUUUCGGGUUUAGCCCAUAUAGCGAGAGAAUAAACGGAAGGAUCGCGAUUCUCGGGUUGACGGCUUUGGUUUUAGUGGAAUUGGCUACGGGUAAGAGCGUGAUAAGUUAUCACACGCCAGCAAUUAUCUUUAUUCAGAUUUAUUUUGUAGCUGCAGUUGGGGCUUUGUUCGUUAAGUACGAGAAAGAAAAAGUUAGUGUUUGGCCACCUUCUCAAUCUUCUUCACCUCAAAAUUGAAAAAAAAAAGAACUUUUUUGGGGUUUUUAGUUAAUAUGAAGUUAAUUUGUAAUUUUAUAAUGUGAUUUAUUAUGAGUAUUUAUUAAGUACGAUGUUUUAGUUUUUGCCAUUGAUGUUAGCGUAUAUAUUAUAUGUAUUUGAGUGAUGAAUUCAUUUUUGAUGCAACUGGUAGUGGAGCUUUAAGCUUGUUCUACACAUACAACUUGGGCAAGCUUUGCCUAAGGAAAUGUAAGGAUUCUAGCUUCUGGAUUGCGCCUUGCGGCUUUGACAACACCGGGUCUACGAUGCUUGGGUAGUGGUCGACAGCUGUUUCGUGAGAUGAAGCAACAAGGUAAGAUGGUAGUGGCGGAGCUUUUCUCCUUACAGCAACAUUUUUGUGAAUCGGCAUUUGCAGGCGCUGUUUCUCCCGGAUAGGCCAUUUUCGGAGGAUCAAAUGCAGAAGGUAAUUGUGCAUGGCUUGUGUUUGAAUGUGGUUUCAUAGGUAGUGGAGGAGGAUGUCUUGCAGGAGGAACCAUGUUAAAUGAUGUUUUAGUUUUUGCCUUCGUUGUUGGGUUAUAUGUGUGUAUGCAUAUACAUGUACAUAUAUGAAUUGGUAAUGGAGGUUUAAGGAACUUUGGCAUGUAGAGGGGAAAUGAGUAAUUAUGAAGAGACGUGAUCUUUUUUUAUUCUUUGUGCAAAAUGGACACAAUAUUGUUGAUUAUA